AUGAGACCACGGAGACUGAGUGCGUGGGAAGGAACCCCUAAUGAUAACCAAGAGAGAGGACAGGAAACCUUUAUGGCUACGAUGAACAUUGUAGCUGAGGCAGUGCGUGAGGCUGCGAUGGCUGCUGCUAGGGCUGUUGAGUGUCUCGGAGUGAGAAAUGAAAAUGGAAACCAAAACGGAGAGGAUAAUGGAAACAACGAGGUUGAUCCAGCGCAUCUUGAUAAACCCAUGACCCUUGGUACUUUUCCGAAAGUGAAUCCACCUAAGUUCAAAGGUACACUCGUUGCGACUGAUGCUGACAACAGAGAUGAAUUCUAUAAGAAGUAUUUUCCAAGAGCAGCACGUGAUGCCAAGGAGAUAGAGCUUAUGCAGCUGAAGCAAGGGGAUAUGACUAUUGCUGAGUAUGCCCGUAAGUUCGAUGACUUGUGCCGUUUCUCUAAUAUUUGUCAAGGGAACCCAGCAGACUUUAUGGAAUGGAAGUGUUUGAAGUUUGAAGGAGGACUCCGUGAAGAACUGAUGAAUUUUGUUGUUCCGCUAGAGAUAAGAAAUUUUGCUGAACUGGUGAAUAAAAGUAAACUAGUGGAAGAAUGUUCGAAGAAGGUGGCAAUAGCUCGAGCGAAUCGUAAGGAAGCCUCAAGAAGAGACUUUAUUCAUGAUAUAGCCCUUGAAGGUCGUAACUUUAAGGCCAAUGGUCAGUUCCAGCGCCAAAAUGAAAAUCAACGGAAUGGUAACUUUUUCGCUCGUUACAAUGGCAACCACAACAACUAUAAUUUGGGAGAGGAAGAAGGAGGUCAACCUCAGCAAACUCAGGAUAUUUCAGUCUGCUCAAGGUGUGGGAAGGAUCAUGAAAUUAUGGACAUAUAUCGAGGAAUUGCCCAAAAAGGUUUGUUCGAGAUCCAGCUAGGCCACAAUGACAAGGAAGGGUUUAUACCGUAA